UAUAUAUUGUCAGUGCAGUGUGUAUAGCUAGAGAGGCUGUGCGACCUGGCAGCAAUGCAAGCUCUCUAGAGUGACUUUACCUAUCUUCUUCUUGUUCCUCAAACAGUCCCUUUUCUCUCAAACUCAAAUUCAAUUCAUGGGUUUCUUGUUUUAGCUUCUGGGUGUUCUCCAUUUCAUUCAUUUCCUUGAUUUUUUGUUGUAAAAAUUUGAUCUUGAUUCUUUUGAAGCUUUGUCAGAAAUUUUUAUGGGUUCGGGUUUUCAGUUUUUUGGCUGAUCGAUUUUUUUUUUUUUUGAGUUUAUUUCUUUUUAUUGUGGAGGAAAUCUUCCAAUUUUUGUUUGUCAUUGUAAAAGAGAAUAUUUUUCCGGGAAAAUGAAGGUUACCCAGAAAGAUUCCGAGAAAAUUGUUUGGGAUCAGAUGAGGAGUUCUUCAGGUAACUCCAUUGUUAUGGGUCAAAGCCGACCCUUGCCCAAAAUCAUCUUCUGUCUUAUGCUGUUCGUCUGUGUAACUUACGUCGUUUACACUCUUAAGCUCAUCACAACCUCACGCGUCGGCACUUGCGACGACGAAUCACUCUUCACCACCGGCCAAAAGCUCACUACUGUGGUACUCUCUAACAGCCACAACAGCAGCUCCGCCACCGCUGCUGAUGACUCCGCGAAGUCCGUCCAGAUUGCCCGGCGCAAAUCUCGAGAAACGGCGGAGAAGACUGAAAUACGACAUGUCGUUUUCGGAGUUGCGGCGUCGGCGAGUCUGUGGACCCAGAGAAAGAACUACAUCAAGCUCUGGUACAGACCCAAGACAAUGAGAGGUGUCGUUUGGCUUGAUAAAAUCGUGGAGAAAGACGGUGGCAGCGAUGAAGAAGAUGACCGGAAACUCCUCCCGCCGUUGAAGAUAUCGAGCGAUACGUCGGUGUUUCCCUACACUAACAAGCAGGGUCACCGCUCGGCUAUUCGGAUCUCGCGGAUCGUGUCGGAAACGCUCCGGCUUGGGCUCAAGGACGUGAGGUGGUUCGUAAUGGGGGACGACGACACCGUUUUCGUCACCGACAACCUGGUGAGGAUCUUAAGGAAGUACGACCAUAACCAGAUGUACUACAUCGGAAGCCUGUCGGAGAGUCAUUUGCAGAACAUUUUCUUCUCGUAUGGCAUGGCCUACGGCGGCGGUGGCUUUGCCAUUAGCUACCCUUUGGCCAAAGCUCUUUCAAAAAUGCAGGACCGCUGUAUUCAUCGCUACCCGGGAUUGUACGGCUCCGAUGACCGAAUGCAGGCUUGCAUGGCCGAACUCGGUGUUCCACUCACUAAAGAAGUCGGUUUUCACCAGUAUGAUGUGUAUGGGAACUUGUUCGGGCUCCUCGCAGCGCAUCCAGUGACGCCAUUGGUGUCCCUGCAUCACCUUGAUAUCGUCGAGCCAAUUUUCCCUAAUGUUACUCGUGUGGAAGCUCUUCAAAGACUUAAUGCUCCAAUCAAGUUGGACUCAGCUGCAAUCAUGCAACAAUCCAUUUGUUACGACAAUUCCAAGAGCUGGACCAUUUCUGUUUCGUGGGGUUUCGCUGUUCAAAUCUUCCGAGGUGUCUUUUCACCUCGCGAGAUAGAGAUGCCAUCAAGAACGUUUUUGAAUUGGUACAGAAGGGCAGAUUACAUAGCUUACGCGUUCAAUACUCGUCCUGUUAGCAGAAAUCCAUGUCAAAAACCUUUUGUGUUUUACUUGUCCAAGACAAAAUUCGACCAUUCGAAGAAUCAAACGGUUACCGAAUAUGUCCGUCAUCGAGUUCCACACCCUCUCUGCAGAUGGAAGAUGGCUGAUCCUUCUUUGUUUAACAUAGUGAAAGUUUUCAAGAAGCCUGACCCAGAUCUUUGGAACAGGUCUCCAAGAAGAAAUUGCUGCAGGGUUGUGGAGUUUUCAGAGAAGAAUAAAACUAUGAUAAUCGAUGUUGGUGUGUGCAGAGAUGGUGAGGUGAGCGAAAUUAAAGAGACAACUCAAAAACAUAGAAGUGAUGUCUAAUUUUGUUGUUUUUUUUUCUUCUUUUUUUCUAUCCCAUUUUUCAUUUCAUUUCAUUUCUUAAUUUGUUAUAUUGUCUUUUCCAAUUUUGCUUGAUUGAAGCAAUUAUUGUUGGUACCUAAAAGAGGAAAAGAGAAAAAAAAAAUGUUGUUAUUGUACAAAAUGCCUAGUGGACAUAUUAUAGAUGUCUAAGUUGUUAAACAUUUAUUUAAUAAUACUUAUAUUCUCCUUAGUGGGAUUUUUGUUU